AUGUUGAAUUCAAUUGUUAAGAAAAGUUUGUUAAAUAAUGGGAAAUUUAUUUCAACUAAACAAAAUUUAAUAAUUAAAAAUCAAAAAAAUUUAUUUUCAACAUCAUUCAAACGUUUACAAGAUUCGAAUAAACUUUUAAUUAAAAAACCUUUAUAUAAAAGAGCAGGUAAUGCGAUUUUAAAAUAUGGUUUGAUUGGUUCUUUCUUAGGUAUAUCAUAUGUUUCAUAUGCUCUUUAUAAAGAAAAUAAUCCAAGUAAACAAACUCCACAAUCUGAUACUUUUUCAAAUGGUUCAAAGAGAAAGACUAUUGUAAUUUUAGGUUCUGGUUGGGGUUCUAUCUCUCUUUUAAAGAGUUUAGAUACUUCUUUAUAUAAUGUCAUUGUGGUUUCACCAAGAAAUUAUUUUCUUUUCACACCUUUAUUACCUUCAACACCUGUUGGUACAGUUGAAUUGAAAUCUAUCAUUGAACCUGUUAGAUCGAUUGCAAGAAGAUCAAGUUCUGAAGUUACUUAUUAUGAAGCUGAUGCUUUAAAGAUUGAUCCAGUAACAAAGUCUGUUCACGUUAAAUCUGUUAAUGAAAAUGAUUAUGAAACAGAUUUAAAUUAUGAUUAUUUAGUUAUUGGUGUUGGUGCUCAACCAACAACUUUUAAUAUUCCAGGUGUUGAUAAAUUUUCUUCUUUCUUAAAAGAAAUUUCGGAUGCUCAGGAUAUUAGAUUAAAAAUUAUGAAUAGUAUUGAACAAGCUGCUUUAUUAGAACAAGACGAUCCAGAGAGAGCAAGAUUAUUAAGUUUUGUUGUUGUUGGGGGUGGUCCAACUGGUGCUGAAUUUGCCGCUGAAUUAAAAGAUUAUGUUGACCAAGAUUUAUCAAAAUGGAUGCCUGCUUUAAGUAAAGAAAUUAAAAUUGCUAUUGUUGAGGCAACUCCAAAUAUUUUAAGUAUGUUCCCACAAAAUUUAAUUGAUUAUUCUCAAACUCUUUUCACUAAAGGUGGUAUUGAUUUGAAAUUAAAAACUGCAGUUAAAAGAGUUGAUGCAACUACUAUUUAUGCAGAAAAUAGAGACACUCAACAAAUUGAAGAAAUUCCUUAUGGUGUUCUUGUUUGGGCUACAGGUAAUGCUCCAAGAGAUGUUUCAAAGGAUCUAAUGCAACAAUUAGGUCCAGAGAAACAAAAUUCAAGACGUGGUUUGGUAAUUAAUGAUAAAAUGGAAUUAGUUGGUGCAGAAGGUUCUAUUUAUGCCAUUGGUGAUUGCGCUUUCUAUCCAGGUUUAUUCCCAACUGCUCAAGUGGCUCAUCAAGAAGGUGAUUAUUUGGCUACUGUCUUUGAUAAGUUGCAUAAGAUUGAUCAAUUGAAAUUUACCAAUGAAUCCUUAAAUGACGCUAAUAAGAUUAAAAAGAAUAAUGCUAAGAUUGAUAAAUUAUAUAAUAAGAUUGAUAAAUUCCAUUAUCAUCAUUACGGUUCAUUAGCUUAUAUUGGUAACGAACAAGCCAUUGCCGAUGUUACCGUUAAUGGUUUCUCCUUUAAAGGUGCCGGUGCUAUGACUUUCUUAUUCUGGAAAUCCGCUUAUUUAGGAAUGUGUGUCAGUUUAAGAAAUAGAUUAUUGGUCGCAAUGGAUUGGUGUAAAAUUUACUUUAUUGGUAGAGAUUCAUCCAUUUAA